GAAGCUAGCGACGCCAUGGCGAGUUACAUCCACGUACCGCCCGUGGCGUCCCCUGUCCCCAGGUUGUACAUCACCGUCGACCAACAGGACAUGGCAGCUGGCUCCCUGCGGCUCAUGAAAGAACUGAGGCCGCACUGGGACCCGGCUCAGGUCAGACUGAAGGUGUUCACAGAUGGUAUUACGAACAAACUUGUUGCUUGUUAUGUUGAUGAUUCAUUAGACGAUGUUGUUUUGGUAAGGGUGUAUGGCAACAAGACAGAGUUGUUUGUUGAUCGUGAAAACGAGGUGAAGAGCUUUCAGGUCCUGCAUGCUCAUGGCUGUGCACCACAGCUCUACUGCACCUUUCAGAAUGGACUGUGUUAUAUGUUUAUGGAAGGCAAUGCAUUGGAUCCAGAACAUGUCAGAAAUCCAAUCAUUUUCAGACUUAUAACCAGGCAACUAGCAAAGAUUCAUUCGAUUCAUGCUCAUAAUGGCUGGACUCCCAAGCCAAAUCUAUGGUCAAAGCUGGAAAAGUACUUCACUCUUGUGCCCACAGAAUUUGCUGAUGAGUGUUUGCAUGCAAGGUUUAUGACGGAAAUCCCUUGUCUUCACAAGCUUGAACAGGAAUUGGUGUGGAUGAAGGAACACCUGUCUAGUCUUGGUUCCCCAGUAGUGCUCUGCCACAAUGAUUUAUUGUGCAAAAAUAUUAUCUAUAAUGAAAUAAAAGGUCACGUGCGAUUCAUUGAUUAUGAAUAUGCAGGCUAUAACUACCAGGCAUUUGACAUUGGGAACCAUUUCAAUGAAUUUGCAGGUGUAAAUGAAGUUGAUUACAGUUUGUAUCCAGCCAAAAAUGUCCAAUUGCAGUGGCUGAAAUGCUAUCUUGAGGCUUUAAAAGAGUAUAAAGGAAUAAGUACAGAAGUAACUGAUGAGGAAAUUGAAGUACUUUAUUUACAAGUUAAUGUAUUUGCACUGGCUUCCCAUUUCUUCUGGGGUCUUUGGGCACUAAUCCAGGCGAAGUAUUCAACAAUCGACUUUGAUUUUUUGGGGUAUGCAGCCGUGCGAUUCUGCCAAUAUUUCAAAAUGAAGCCUGAAGUUACAAACUUGAAACUUCCUGAAUGACAGCAAUUUUCCCAUUGCUGAAGAACAGAAAACAAGCUGAAUGAAUUGAGUAUGUUGCAAAGUACUGUCAGUACUGGAAUUCUAAUGCUUUCUAAAAUAC